AUGAAAGGCAAGUUAAUAGGCUGGAAGGCUUCCCUUCACAGGGAAAGGCAAAAAACUCGCCGCAACAAGAAGAUUUCACUCCAGACGAGGAUAAACACACUCAACGGCUCAGACCCGGGUACUGAUUUCAACAGACUACGCAAGACGGGUGUUAAACAGCUUGAGGAGUGUCUGAGGUCUUUGGAAGAGCAACAGCCGCAAGCGCCGGUGGGAGGGAGUAGCAGGCAGGCGGCGACUGAGGCAGGGAGCGAUAUGGCGAUGGAAGUCUUUGAAGAGGAGGGUGUCGGAUCCUCGCGAAUGGGACAGAGCCUUCCCACUGAGGAGCAAGUGGACUGGGCGGGAAUGCAGCAGGGAAUUGAUGGGAUGUUCUAUUCUGUUUGGACAGAAGUAGAUUAG